CACACCGGAAACUUGCGGCCAGGCUUCCGGUGGAGGAAAACAAAGGGGCUAGCAACGUUAGCUUCCUACAGCUCGGUUAGCUUCCUGCUAGCAGCCGUGUCCCAGAGUGUUUCCAGGUGUGUUCCGGUUCUGUUCAGCAACAAUGUGUUCCGUUGAGCCUCUGAGAGAGUUUAUCAGAGAGAGACUAACUGCUGCUGCUGAAGAAAUCUUCACCCAGCUGGAGAAAACCAUCGUCCGGUACGAGGAGGAGAUCGACCGGCAGCGGAGACUGCUGGACCUCACCUGGAGACCCCGAGUCAGCUUACAGCGAGCAGACGUCCCACAGCAUUACAUCUGCAAGGAGGAGGAGAUUCAGACGGACCAGCAGGCCUGCAGCCUGGCGGCGGACGUGCAUUUGGAUCAGGAGGAAAUAGAAUCUGUGCAGAUUAAAGAGGAACACGAUGAGCUUCGUGUCAGUCAGAAGGCAGAACUGGUUCUGAAAGAAGAGAUGGAUACCUUCAAGGUGAGCCCUGUUCCUGAGCAGGACCGCCCCAGAGAGCCAGAACCAAACAGCGACCUCAAACCGGCGGCUUUUUUGGGUCCUCUUUCUGAUGACGAUGACCUGAGAGAACCAGAACCAAACACGGACCAGAACUCUGCUGAUUCUGAGGACCAGAAUCAGGAAGAAAGCAACGAAGGCAACUCUGGAUCCAGCACAGAAGAGUCUGAGCAAGACAAGGGAAGUCGCAAAGCAAAACUAAAAAGGCACCGAAAAAGUGACACCAAUUACAAUCUGUCAUCUUGCAAAAUUUGUGGAAAAACUUUCACUCAGAAGUAUCUGAUUGCACACAUGAGAAUUCACACAGGUGAGAAACCUUUUAAAUGUUCCACCUGUGCCAAAAAGUUCAUUCUCAAAAGUCAUCUAAAAAACCACAUGAAGAUUCAUAGUGGUGAGAAGCCUUUCUCCUGCCAGACCUGUGGGAAAAGUUUCAUUCAGAGGAUGAAUUUAACUCUUCACAUGAGAACGCACACCGGCGAGAAGCCCUUUCCUUGUGAAAUUUGUAACAAGACCUUUGCUAGCAGGAGUCAGUUAACUACUCAUGUGAGAACUCACACGGGAGAGAAGCCUUAUGCUUGUAAAACCUGUGGGAAAAGUUUUAGUACCAGAGGUACUUUGAUUAGUCAUAUGAGAAGUCACACAGGGGAGAAGCCUUUCUCAUGUCAGAUCUGUGGACAGAGUUUCACUCAGAAGCCAGGUCUCAAAGUUCACUCACGAAAACACACAGGAGAGAAACCGUUCAUGUGUCAAACCUGUGGAAAGAGUUUCAAUCAGAAAAGUGCCUUGCUCACACACAUAAGAACACACACUGGUGAAAAGCCCUUUUCCUGUUUGACCUGUGGACUAUGUUUCAUCAUGAAGAGCAGUUUGACUCAGCAUAUAAGAACCCACACCGGGGAGAAGCCUUACUCUUGUCAGAUCUGUGGGAAACGUUGCAGUUUAAAGGGUAAUCUGAAAUUCCACAUGAGGAUUCACACAGGGGAGAAACCAUAUUCAUGUCUUACAUGUGGAAAAAGCUUUGCAGUAAAAUGUCAAUUAACUCGUCACAUGAGAACUCACACAGGGGAGAAACCCUUUUCCUGUCAGACCUGUGGAAAGGGUUUUACCAAGAACAUUUAUUUAAUUGCCCACAUAAAAACUCACACAGGCGAGGCGGUUUAACUGAGAGGUCAGAGGGCCCGACAUGUGGUGCCUGUGCAUGGCAGCCUCACUUCUGUCGGACUGCUCCAGGGCAGCUGUGGCUACGAUGUAGCUCACAAUCAUCAGUGUGGAAUGCAUGGGUGUCACAAUAAUUGCUGUAUGAUGUCUCGCAAGAAAAUUAAUUCCACUUGUUUCAUAGGAAACGUGCAGCUAAAGCUCAAAUUUGGGUUUUCCUGGUUACCUGCAGCAGCUCACUGCAGAAUCAGCAAAGUGAAUAACGACUGCAGGCUGCUGAAAACUGGACCAAGUCAUGUCCGAACGCUUGACUUCUCGCAACGUCUAAGGCUUCGUUCACACAGUCAGUCUUGAUGUUCAGUUCAGAUUUUAAAUUGAAAUUUUUUUCUUUUUAAUUAAAUUUUUGAUAAAA